UCCCAGAGAGAGAGAGAGAGAGGCGUUAAUGUGCUGGCUGCCUGAAACAGUACACACAGGGGGAGAGAGAGAGAGAGAGACACACACACACAGAGAAAACAAAAUAUUAUUCUGCUCGCUCCUUGACGUCAGGUUUUUUUUUGGGAAAGGGAGGGAGAGGAGCGAAUGGAAACGGGCUGAGGAGAUCAUCAGGACUGAAUCAAUCUCCUGCACUUUUGUUUUUAAAAACAUCAAGCCCUCCUUUUUUCUUUCUGACCUGUUCAAGCUUUGCAUUUAUUAAUUUUCCCCUUUGCAUUCUGGAGAAGGUCUUUUUUUCUGAACACAAGGUUUACAAAAAAAAUGUCCCGCCCGAUCUCUUUAAAUCCCCGUUUUCUACCUCCCAGCCACGGAGUCCUGAAAUCUCUCCUGGAGAACCCGGUGAAACUGCCUCUGCGCUAUGAGGAAGGUUUCAACAAAGAAGAGAAGGAGAAACAGCUGGAAGAUGAGGCUGCAGGAAGCACAGUCCCACAGUUAGCUUUCCUGGGACCCACACUGUGGGACAAGACAUUGCCUUAUGAUGGGGAUACCUUCCAACUGGAGUAUAUGGAUCUCGAGGAGUUCCUGUCCGAGAAUGGAAUCCCACCAAGUCCAUCCCAGCAGCAGGAGUCCGGCCAGCAGCACCCACCCUUACAGUCGCCUGCUGCCUCCCACGGACCCCCAAUGGACCUCAGCAAGGCCAGCACCUCUGUCCAUCUGGGCCUUAACCCUCCGAACCUCCUCCAGAGCCCUGUCCGAGCAGGUCAGGUACUGCCACCAGCCCGCAACACUCCCAGUCCCAUCGACCCUGAAAGCAUUCAAGUGCCAGUCAGCUAUGAGCCGGACCCUGCCGAUCUGGCACUCUCCAGUAUCCCUGGCCAGGAGAUGUUUGACCCUCGCAAGCGUAAGUUCACAGAUGAGGAACUGAAGCCCCAACCGAUGAUUAAAAAAGCUCGCAAAGUCUUCGUGCCCGAUGAAAUGAAGCAGGAUGAAAAAUACUGGGCACGACGUAGGAAAAACAACAUGGCAGCCAAGCGGUCCCGGGAUGCUCGCCGGCUUAAGGAGAACCAGAUUGCCAUUCGUGCAGCUUUCCUGGAGAAAGAAAAUUCCGCCCUGCGCCAGGAGGUAGCUGACCUCCGGAAGGAGCUGACCCGCUGCAAGAACAUCCUGUCGAAAUACGAUGCUUGAAGUGAGCCACUGUUAGGGCCGGCACUGAACAGCUGCAAGAUAGACGAGUGCUGUCCUGUUUUAGCUGGCACUCAUCAUCAAUCUCCUUAUCAUCCGAGAUCACUCCCUCCCCUUCCCACCCAGCAACUCCCCUCAUCAUUCUAUACCACUCCCUCCCCUUCCCACCCAGCAACUCCCCUCAUCAUUCUAUACCACUCCCUCCCCUUCCCACCCAGCAACUCCCCCGUCAUUAUGUACCACUCUCUCCCCUUCCCACCCAGCAACCCACACACACUGAAUAUUGAAAGAGAGACAAAUGAACUUGAUACAUUUGAUUCCGCACGAGCAAGGCCCUGCCUCACUUUUUCGAAAGGGGCUGUGUAUUUUUACCCGAAAAGAAAAAUUGUUGUAAGCUUUUUUGACUGCUGAUCCACUCCCCUUGACUUCCUCGGGAAUCCAACAUACUCUCCUUCCCUCCCAUCCCAUCCCACACAGAAAUGGUUUAUCAAAUAAUGUAUUUCUUGUUUUUAAAAAGAACUGUUAUCAGAUAUCAUUCAGUUUAUCAGUCACCAGAAUGCAAUUAACCAGUCCCUGACUUUGGAACUGUGGGCACUUCACCUGUUUCCUACACCUGGAAUGAAGUCUCCAGAAAUUCAGUCCCACCUCUUUUCCCCUGCUCCAAGACAAUGCAUCCUCAGAGAUGAUUAUGCAUAAUUUAAAUUUUUGUUAAUUGUAUUUCCAUUUUCUGUGAUGUAUCUCUAAUGUGCUUCUUAGAGUGAAACAGUAAUUUUCACCCUUGAUAGCCCCCACCCUUUCAAAUGCAUGCCUGUUUAUAAAAGCUGAAUAACUUCCUGCAUUUUUAUAUCCUUCUCUCGACACAGCUAAGUGUUCUAGUCUCCCUAAGUGUAGGGCAUGGUGUGUUGGGUUUGGCUUCUCAGUCUUUCAAACUGAAAGCAAUAAUUGUAAUUAAUGUCAGUUAAGCCAAGUAAUGUGUGUGCAAUUUGUGGGCCACAGUUGUAUCUCCAGACUGGGGUGCAGGCUGAGUCACAAGCAUACCCUGAAGACUGUUUCCUAAGAAUGUGAAAGAGAACUUCUUUCUCCCCAACUAAGAUCAUACACGAUAAAAGUUGAACCCUCCAAUGAAUCGAUCGUUCAUUGUCACCUGCUAUGUAACUAAGGGGCCUCCAAGGCUGAAUAGCCCAUUGACAAUUGACUGUGUGUAAGAUCAGAUCUGGGAGGAGGAUUGAUUGAGCGAGGUCAGCCUGCCCUGAGCACCUCAGGGACUACAGUGGAGAAUCUGCACCAACUAAAGGAUCUAAAAGAUCUUUUUCUCCUUUUUUUUAAUUUACAAUAAGCAAUUGGGGUUUUGAAGGCCAUUUGGUAUGUGGAUAUUUUCUGAUGAAUGUAGCGAUGGUUGGUCAGAAUUACCAGAAAUAAUGGUGUUGCCAUACGUGGUGGUUAAUCUCCAUUUAUAGCUAUCUUCUGACCACCAAAAGAUGAGAGAUUCUAUAUGAUGUUAAUGUUUAUAGAGAGAAUUAUAAAGGUCCUUUUUUGUACAGUAUUUUUGAAUGGAAUACUGACAAGUGUAUUUUAAGAAAUAAAAUUAUAUUAUAUUAUAGUAUAUAUUAUAAAGAGACAUAUAGAUGACAGGACAGUGUAUUUCACAUUUCAAUGGAUUGAGAGAGACAGGCUUUGACAUGAAUGUUUAGAUAUUUGGGCAGGUGCUUGUAUUUUUAAAAGUCAGAGCUGCUGUUAAUUAUUUUCUUGACAGAGAAGUAUUUUUAAAGAGUAGUUCCUCUUCAGCAUGGGCCCACAGCACAGUAUUGCUCUCUAACUGAGUCUACAUGAUAACUGGUGUGGGUAUUGGAUUAAUGUCAUUCCAACACAGUAAGGAAGCUUUUCUGAGAUUGGGUCAGUGUAUCUAGCUGGGGGUAUUUGGGACAGUGUAGAGGAAGCUUUACGCUGUGUCUAACCCAUGCAGUAUAAACCCUGAGGAAAAGUUUGUAAUGGGAAACGUAGCAUGCCCCAAUCCCGGAUGUCACUUGCCUUUAUUUGUGCAGCAGCAACAUGAGUUGUUGCCUUGCACCACAGUUUGACUCCCCAAGAAUUAAUUUUGACAGUUAGGUCUUGACUUGUGCUCAAGUAUUUAACUGAGAGUCUCAGUAGAAUUGUACCAUGACAUGUUGGCCUCAUAUUAUCUACAAAACUGUAGGGUACAAACUUGUCCUGGUUACCUACACUGAAACACAGACGAUGAAUUCUGGAAUAAAAACCAGGUUGAGGAUUUACCGCAGGUCAUUUUAAAACGGAAUCAUUUGGAGUAAGUGAUGAUUAAAAAUAACACAGUAAAGCUGGGGAAGACCAGGAAUGAACAACAACUUCAGCAAAGGGUGAACUGGCGUUUGCCUGUGUUCACAGUAUUUGGAAAGAGGCGGACAGAUAUGAUGGGAGGUCCCAAAACUUUAAUCUGUGCUUUCUCUUUCAGGUGAUGACCAGCCUAUGCAGCAUUUCCAGCAAUUUCUGUUCUCAUUGCACAAUAUUAAAUGAGGCUGAGAGUUUUGGAUUUAAUCUCCCUGAUUAAGUGGGGAAAUUUAGUUAACUGGAAAUAAAAACAUAUUUGUUUUAAUACAGAGUUUUGUUUUAAGCCUCAAAGAACCGUAUUUGUGAAUUCUGCAAUUCCUGCACCCUGAAGAGGCUUUUUCAUAGUUUUGCACAGAGUUGUCAUUGUCUUGCAGAAAAUAACCUGUCUUACACGAGGAAUGAGGUUUAACAAUACUACCUCAACUAUUGGAGAAAGUUUGGGGAGGAGGGGAAAGUAGAUUCACAUCAGUGCAUUCUUAAUAUAAAAUAGAGUUUGUAUAUUUAAGAGAGAAAUUGUGGAUGCUGAAAAGAAAUAAAUACAGAAAAUACUGGAAAUGCACACAGGUCCAUCAACUUUAGGAUACAAUUCGACAAAGGGUCUCCAGCUGCCUUUUCUUUGUAACAGAUGACUGAGCUGCUGUGUUUAACACUUUUUUUAAUUGUGUAUUUAGUAAACUGUCACAAUAAAUGAGCACGUGUGUGAGGGGCUUUUAGAGAGUCUCUGAUCUAAACGUGAAGGCUGUCUAGUCCUUUGGCUUCAGGCUUACUAAUUUUUAAUAAUUUUACAAAUUAAAUGUUUAAUUUUACUGUGGAAUGAUUUUUUUAAAAAAAAAUCAACCAUUGUAUUACUGGCAACACAGUGAGGUGAUUCAGUUAAAGGCAAAGAAAUAUAAUUUCUUUCAGUUGUUUCCUACUGGAUUGCAUUUACUGUGUAGCCUGAUUCCAGCUACCUGUAUUUGUAAAAGUGUUCAAUAAAUCCUUUUGUUGGCUUCA